GAUUAAGCGGAAACUCCACCAAUCAAUAGUCAUUUCAUCUUUUGCUUCACCUGCUCAGUUUCCUUUGUAUGUUCACACAGAGCUUUGAAUUUCUCUCUUCAUUCCUGAAAUUCAAUCAAUUGUUUGAGCUGGCUCUUCUUAAAAUUAUCUCAAGAACCCAAAACCUCAUGGCUUUUCUCAAAAUUUUCCCCCAAAAAAUUAGUGAAGAUCAGUUGUAAUUUCCCCAGUCAACUCAACCACCAACCACCAACUCAGAAAAGAUUUGCCAAAUUAUUGCUCUUUUUCCAACUGGGUCUCUCCCAAUUUGAUUAAAGAUUCCAUUUUUCUAACUGGGGUUUUCCCAAUUUGAUUAAAGAUUCAAUUUUUUCAGCUGGGGUUCUCCCAAUUUUAUCAAAGAUUCAAUUUUUCCAACUGGGGUUUUCCUCAAUUUUAUUAAAGACUCAAUUUUUCCAACCGGGGUUUUCCCAAUUUGAUUAAAGAAUCCAUUUUCUAUAAGGGGUUUGUUGGAGGUGCACACAUGGAUCAUGAGAAAGAGGCCUUAAUCAAUGAGCUGACGGAGUUAAUCGACACCGUUUCGGGUUUGCCGGAGUGCAAGAAUGUGUCUAAGAGGAUGUACAGUAAUUUGGUGAGAAGGGUGAAGCUAUUGAGCCCUUUAGUUGAGGAAAUGAAAGAUAGUGAUGUUGUUGAGGUUGGAGAUGAUGUGGUUCAUGGGCUUGAGUUGUUGAGAAUUGCUCUUAAUUCAGCUUUGGAGCUUCUCAAAUCUGUCAAUGAAGGCAGUAAGAUUUUUCAGGCUCUGCAGAUGGACACCAUAUCACUAAGGUUUCUUAAUGUAACAGAGAAAAUUGAAGAUGCACUAAGCCACAUUCCUUACAACAAGCUUGAUAUUUCUGAGGAAGUUCGAGAACAAAUUGAACUUGUGCAUGCUCAAUUUAAAAGAGCAAAAGGAAAGAUGGAAUCACCAGAUGUGCAACUGGUAAUCGAUUUAGCUAUGGCUGAAAGGGAACAAGAUCCCGAUUCCAUGAUUUUUAAACGGCUGUCAGAGAAGCUGCAUCUCAGGACCGUAAAUGAUCUAAAGAAGGAGUCACUUGCCAUCCAUGACAUGGUCAUUUCUAGUGGUGGAGUUCCCGAAGAGUGCUUUGAAACGAUUGCAUUCCUCCUUAGAAAGCUAAAGGACUGCGCAAUGACGGGGAAUCCUGAAAUGGAUGUCCUUGAGGGUGACAAGAGUAUGAUUAAGCACAGAUCUCCGGUCAUUCCAGAUGAUUUUCGUUGUCCAAUAUCACUUGAGUUGAUGAAAGAUCCUGUUAUUGUGUCUACCGGACAGACCUAUGAAAGGUCUUGCAUCCAGAAAUGGCUGGAUGCAGGACACAAGACCUGCCCUAAGACUCAGCAGACAUUGUUGCACACCGCAUUGACUCCAAACUAUGUUUUGAAGAGCCUGAUUGCCUUGUGGUGUGAGAACAAUGGUGUUGAGCUGCCUAAAAACCAAGGAAAUUGUAGGAACAAAAGGUCUGGAGCUGGUGGUUCGGACUGUGAUCGUGCUGCUAUUGAUGCGUUGUUACAAAAACUUGCCAAUGGUAAUCCGGAACAGCAAAGAGCAGCUGCUGGUGAGCUCCGUUUGCUGGCCAAAAGAAAUGCUGAUAACAGAGUCUGCAUUGCUGAAGCCGGAGCAAUUCCUCUGCUUGUUGAACUGCUUUCAUCGUCAGAUUCUCGUACUCAGGAGCACGCUGUCACGGCACUCCUUAACCUAUCCAUAAAUGAAUCUAACAAGGGAACUAUUGUAAAUGCUGGUGCUAUACCUGAUAUAGUAGAUGUACUAAGAAACGGAAGCAUGGAAGCAAGGGAAAAUGCAGCCGCUACCCUUUUUAGCUUAUCAGUGGUUGACGAAAACAAAGUGGCAAUAGGAGCCGCCGGUGCUAUCCCAGCGCUUAUUGAUUUGCUUUGUCAGGGAACUCCCAGGGGAAAGAAGGAUGCAGCCACUGCUAUAUUCAACCUCUCAAUCUAUCAAGGAAACAAGGUGAGGGCAGUACGGGCAGGGAUUGUGCCACCGCUAAUGAGAUUGCUCAAAGAUCCCGGGGGUGGAAUGAUGGAUGAAGCACUCGCAAUAUUGGCAAUACUUGCAAGUCAUCAGGAGGGUAAGGCAGCCAUUGGUCAAGCUGAGCCAAUCCCCAUCUUAGUUGAGGUAAUUAGGACAGGUUCUCCUCGGAACCGAGAAAAUGCUGCAGCUAUUUUGUGGUCUCUAUGUACAGGUGAUGUACAGAACUUAAAGGUAGCUAGGGAUCUUGGAGUAGAAGAGGUACUGAAGGAACUGUCCGAGAAUGGCACUGAUAGAGCCAAAAGAAAAGCCGGAAGUGUUUUGGAACUUCUCCAACGAGUUGAUGCAGUUGAUUCAUGACACCUAGAUUGAGCAGUGAAGGAUAAAUUCAACCUGAGAACUGAGGUUGCUAAGGAUUAUUGGAAUCAGAAAAGAAGCUUGAGAAGGGAGCCACUGGUAAAGUUGCUGCCAUGUGACCAAGAGGUCACGGGUUUAAGCCGUGAAAAUAGUCUCUUGCAGAAAUGCAGGGUAAGACUGCAUAAAAUAGACCCUUGUGGUCUAGCCCUUCCCCGGACCCUGCGCAUAGCAAGAGCUUAGUGCAAUGAGCUGGCCUUAGAAAAGAAGCUUUGACACUCGGUAACCAGCUCCAAUCCUUGUUUAUUUUUUAGUUUAACUUCUGUGCACUGAUUGAACAAAUUUUUUAGUUAAGAUUACUUACAACAUGUAAGUUAUACA